AUGCAGGGCUCUGGCUUCCCGCCGCUCGGCCACCUGCCGCACUGGCCGCGUGCGGGGCAGGCGGAGCGGGGCGGGCGGGCGGGCGGCCCCGGCCCGCCCGACGCCCCCACGCCCCCCUCCAGGCGGGCGGCCCCCGAGCUAGAGCGCAGCCUGCAGUUCCUGCAGCAGCAACACGGCGAGACGCUCCGGCAGCUGCACCAGGAGGUCGACCGGCUGAAGCGGCGCAACCAGGAUCUGCAGUACCGGCUCAUCAUGCAGCCGCUGCUCCAGCAGGCAGGCUUCCUCUCGGCGGACAGCGAAGGCGCCUCUGCUCGCAGGGCCAAGGCGAAGCGGGCCGGCGGCGGCCACAGGGAGUCGGAGGGGCGGCCGGAAGAUGCGGAGCAGAAGGCCGGCGAGGACGAGGACGAGGCCUUGGCCGAAGAGGAGGAUGCCCCGGAGGGGAGCCCCGAGUGGGAGAGGGGCGCCGAAGCUCUCACUGCAGAGACCCAGGAGGCGGCGGCGGCGGCAACCUCGGCCAGAGACGCUGCUGUCUACGACCAGGGGACGUCGCCAAUGUCUGUGCUUCAUCCCCCAGCAAGCCAGAGCAGGGCUGGAGAUGUGAAAAUCCCGUCUGCGUCUUCCAACCCCUUCUUGGUGAACGUGCUUCCUUCCUACAUGCGGAAGCCCCCCAGCCUGGAGGAAUGUGAGGUGGUGAUUCGUCAGCUGUGGAAUAUUAACCACAUGCAGAUGCAAGAGCUGAUGUACUUGAGAUCAUGCCUGGAUGAUAUACACAAGACCAAAAGAAUUCCUGAAGAUUACAUGUUAGCUGGUCAACUUGGGAGCCAGGAAAGCACAAAGUUGCCCAGAGUGAGGAACGCCCCAAAGAAAUGGCCUGCUUUGUUUUCCAGCCGGAUCCUGACCCCACUGCCCGCUGCCGAAAGAGCUGUGCUGCCUGCCCUGAAGCAGACGCUGGGGAAUGCCUUUGCCGAGAGGCAGAAGCGAGCACAAGCUGUUCAGAGGAACAGGCUGCACAGGACCGCCCUGUAGCCAGGAGACCCCCUGCAGCCAGCUGCCUUUGGGACCCCCUUGGGCUGCUCCUGAGGCCUUUUCCCCUCACCUGAUUUUUGUUAGACUUUGUAUGUAUGCCGACUUUCAUGCUCGCUGCACUACAGACAGCCACAGUUAUAGUGCUUAAUUGCUAAGACUGCUUUGCCUUCAAAAGCAGCGGUCUCCUCCGUCUUCCAUAUCACAGUUGGAGGCCCAACACAGGCGAGCCUGCUUAGAUCAAAGGGCUUUGUGAAAAUGUAAAUGUGGGUUGGCAAAAAAAGGCUGGGUGUUAAAUACUGUAACAAUAGAUUUAUUACAAUAAAACAAAUGCAAUGAUUCAUGUCUGAAA